AUGGAUCCCGUACUUGCGGUCGAGUUAUUGUUCUUCGCCAUCUUCGGCCAGACGAAAUAUGAACAAUUCAAGAUAGAAUUGGAACAGCCCGAUUGGACGAUCGACCUUUUCAAGCUCACCUAUGGCAUUUAUAUGUUGGUGUCGGUGGUGGUGCUUAUUAAUCUCCUAAUCGCCACAAUGAGCAAUACCUACCAGCGGAUACAGGCGCAAUCGGACAUCGAGUGGAAAUACGGACUGAGCAAGCUUAUUCGAAAAAUGAGCAGGACCACCAUGGCACCACCCCCGCUGAAUCUCUUGACCACGUGGAUCAUGUAUUUCGUCAAACUCU